GUGUGCUAUGAGAGGGCCUAUGGGGGACAAAGUCUAGACGGGGGAUCUAGAAGCUCCAUGAGGACGUGCCAUUUCAGCUGAGACUUACAGGCUGUAGAGGAGGUGCUAGGUAAAGGAGUGGAUGCAGAACUGCUCAUGAGCAGGUGUCCAGGCCAGAAGCAGCUGAGACACCUGCAGGGCCAGUGUGGCAGGACCCCUGGUGGCAGAGGCGGAGCUCUCAGGGGCUGGUGCACGAUUGACAACCGGGUCACCCGGGUGGCUUGGCUAAACCGCAGCACCAUCCUCUAUGCUGGGAAUGACAAGUGGUGCCUGGAUCCUCGCGUGGUCCUCCUGAGCAACACCCAGACCCAGUACAGCAUCGAGAUCCAGAACGUGGAUGUGUAUGACGAGGGCCCGUACACGUGCUCUGUGCAGACAGACAACCACCCAAAGACCUCGCGGGUCCACCUCAUUGUACAAGUAUCUCCCAAAAUUGUAGAGAUCUCUUCAGAUAUCUCCAUUAAUGAAGGGAACAACGUCAGCCUCACCUGCAUAGCAACAGGUAGACCAGAGCCUACGGUUACCUGGAGACACAUCUCCCCCAAAGCGGUUGGCUUUGUGAGUGAAGAUGAAUACUUGGAAAUCCAAGGCAUCACCCGGGAGCAGUCAGGGGACUACGAGUGCAGUGCCUCCAAUGAUGUGGCCGCGCCAGUGGUACGAAGAGUGAAGGUCACCGUGAACUAUCCACCGUACAUUUCAGAAGCUAAGGGUACAGGUGUCCCCGUGGGACAAAAGGGGACACUGCAGUGUGAAGCCUCAGCAGUUCCCUCGGCAGAAUUCCAGUGGUACAAGGAUGACAGAAGACUGAUUGAAGGAAAGAAGGGGGUCAAAGUGGAAAACAGACCUUUCCUCUCGAAACUUAUCUUCUUCAAUGUCUCUGAACACGACUAUGGGAACUACACUUGUGUGGCCUCCAACAAGUUGGGCCACACCAAUGCCAGCAUCACACUAUUUGGCCCCGGCGUGGUCAGCGAGGUGAGCAACGGCACGUUGAGGAGGGCGGGCUGCAUCUGGCUGCUCCCUCUUCUGGUCUUGCACCUGCUCCUCAAAUUUUGAUGUGAGUGUCACUUCCCCACCGGGGACAGCUGCCGCCCCCGCACCACCGACACAACAGCAACGGCAACACCGACAGCAACAAAUACGACAUGUUCCAACGAAAUUCGGAGACACAAAGCCUAAUGGGACAGAAAUUCGAGGGAGGGGAACCAAGAAUACUUUGGGGGAAAAAAAGAGUCUAAAAAAGGAAAUUGAAAAUUGCCUUGCAGAGAUUUAGUCACAGCUGAGUUUUCUUUCCUUUCCCAAAUGGGAAGAACGCACACCUGGCGUGGACCAACCCGCAAGCUGCAUUGUGUGACCUCUGAUGCCAGCGUGGGCGAGGGCUCCGCCACCUGCCCACUGAAGUGCCCCCACCACGGAACAUUCUUAAGUCAUCCAUCCCAAAUACAAUCAGUCAAUAGAGAUGAACACAGAGUGAGACGUGUGGGCCCAGAGGUGCCACUGCAGGCCCUCGGUAGACUGUGCCACCAUUGUGUGUGUUAUGAGAUGUGAAAGUAAAAAG